GACUAAAGCCUAUAAAUACGGCUGCCAGAAUCUCCCAACUCUGCUGCACCACCUGAUGAUCUCUGCUGCCUGAACCCCACCGUCAUCCCUCCUGAGUUUAACGUGUCAUUAUUUCGGUUCAAUUCUUCUUAAAUGGGAAGAAGCGCCGUCAGAAGAGUCGUUUUAUGUCUUUUCAUGUGUGAAUUAUUCGCGCCCUCGAUCUAAUAAUACGAUGUCUACCUGUGCGUAAAAUGCCGCGGUUAGUGCGUCCUGGCGCGGACUGUUCCUUGGAAAAUGUGCGGUGUCAGUCGCGUUUACUUCACGCCCCGCUGCUGUGGAUCGGUGCUGAGCAGGAGUGGCAUCUCGGCGACAAAAUCUGGAUGAAAGAGCGUCCUUUAGAGCUCAGGCAUGCAUCGAGUAGUGAGAUCAUUGGCGUUAUAAAUAUCCCCGUGCCAGCAGAACAACUCCAGCUACUGCAGCCGGGGUAAUGCCCAGGAGCGCUGCAUGCGUGUGUGCGCACGGUUUGUGGUGGCCAAACCUCAGGAGCGACACCAACAAUGCUAGAAGUGGCCUAGCGAGUGUCUGCUUUUUGGAAGAAUGAAUGUUCCUCUUUACCUUCUGACCGUCGCUCACUUGAUUUGCGCCGCCGCCGGAGCAGAGCACAUUUCUUUGGAGCGCCAACUUCUGGAGGAGGGGAUCCGCUCUGGACGCAGGACUUGCAGGCUCUACUGUAGGGUUGGCAUUGGCUUCCAUCUCCAGAUUCAUCCCGACGGCAGAGUCAACGGCAGCCAUGAGCCCAACCAGCUGAGUGUCCUGGAGCUCUUUGCGGUUUCUCAGGGGGUCAUCGGUAUCAAAGGGGUCUACAGUAACAGAUUCCUGGCCAUGAAUAAAAGAGGACGGCUCUACGCCACUGAGUGGUUCACAGAGGACUGUAAGUUCAGGGAACGUUUCCAGGAGAACAGCUACAACACUUACGCCUCAGUAAUCUACAGGAACCACAGGACUGGUCGCGAGUGGUUCGUGGCCCUCAAUAAGAGAGGGAAAGCGAAAAUGGGCUCUAGCCCGCGGGUCAAAUCGCAGCAUGUCUCCACUCACUUCUUGCCCAGAGUCAGCCUGCACGACAACAGCCAGCGAGGCUUCACCAUCACAGACAGGAGCAAAGAGAGGAGGAAACCCCCCCCGCCUCCACCGCCCAAACCUCCUCUGGCGAAGGCAGUCCAUGCAGGAACAGCAGCGAGACGUACGCAAGUCAAGUACUGGCCCAAGUACCGGUUUGGAUAGAUGUCAUAUAGGGUUUGGCUGUAUCUGAAGGAUACAAGGCUCAUAGACGUUGGACAUACAGUAUAAGUGAUCGACGUGCCCAAAAAAACUGACAAUGGUCAUUUAUGACAUUCAAAGCAUUCCGGGUAUCUAUGAAGUGUGUGAAAAACCUCAAAGGGCUGCCAGGUACAACUGUUGAGCUUCUCUCUGCUGGAGCUAUAUGGUCAUAGUUAGGAGUAUCCACUUGAGUUGAUGAUGCUCUGCCCUGUUUUAUGUUAUUGUUUGUGUACAUGGUGAAUUUUGGCAGUGCCCCUGCUUGAGAAAAUGUCCUUUAAAAUCAGAUGCUGUUAAAGCUGAAAUGUAUAUCUUUAUGCAUAUUCUUGGGCAGACGUAUUUUACCUUUUUUUUGUAUAGUACAUCAAAGAUGGAAAAGUCGUCCACAUUGUUUUACUAUCUUGCUAGCUGAGUGAAAAUGUCGUCAACUGACCAUGUAAUGUCCUCCGUUAUUUGUUAGUUGUUAAGGGACUGUACAAAAAUAAUUAUAGUAAUUAUAGACUAGAAAAAUGGUAUGUAUAUUUUUUCUUCUUGCUUAAGUGAGACUUGCCUGAAUUUUAUGGAAUAGCAGGGGAGGGAAUUUUGUUAUUUUUGUCUCACCAUAGAUGUAUAUUCUAUUUACGCAAUUUGUUUGUGAUAUUUAUUUUUUUAAUAUCAAAAUAAUAAUGAAUAAUAAGUAAUGUUGCAAUUUGCAGAAGACAACAAUCAUGUCUUUGCAUCAGGGCUUUAUUUUCCUCAUUAUAAUCAAUAAGAAACUAAUAUAGACACAACUUUCUUUUCUAACUCAGGGGACAGUCUAACGAGAUAUUGAUAUAACUGGGAAUGCGUUUGCAUUUUUAAAAAGUGAAAAGUUUUUGUACAGUCCCGAAAGUAUUGAAAUUAUACUCCAAAUUAUAAUGGGAUGACACACACCUCAAGUUUAACAUUGUUUUAACAUCUGACAAUCCACUCCACCACGCAGAUGACAAAAACAUGAUAAGUAAACAAAAUAUUAGGUUAUGGAUUUCAGCUUUAAACACUGAAAAAUAAUUAAAUUGACACAUGGAAAGCUAUCUCCAACCUGGUUUGAAAAGUGCUUCAAACAUAUCUCCUGCCUAAACAUACACACCGACCAACUGUCCCUUUCCUAACACCAGAUUUGUGAUAAUCAACAUGAAAUCAAGGACUGGUUCUCUGGAGACUCCCCUCCUCCUCCUGGACAGCUGUGAGGGAUCAAGGAGAAAACUGUCCAUCAAAACUAUCAUUUCAGCAACCGGCUGUCCCCCUGAAAAAUCCAGAGUCAUGACCUCACGGCAUUCCCCCCCAGGAGUAGCACGCACCGCUGUCACUGCAGGGAUAAAGAUGCCAAGAAAGAGCAGUCACUUGUUUUGGGGAAGGUUCAAGCUGUAGGUGUAUCGGAUGGCAAACAGCCGUGGAAUGGCCAUGUAGGAACAUACGGACAUCUCUGGGGAGGAAGGCCUGGUUGGGCCUCCCCAAGAGCCUGAACUAUAAAUGAAAUGCUGUCUUUAAUUUAAUUGUUUGGAUUACUUGAGCUUGGGGUGCAUUUUUCAAAGAAAUUCAAAUGGACAAUCUGUCAAACUACUUUGAUCACAUGGUACUGUCAGAACCUGUGCGUUAGGGAAAAUGUUCCAAGUUUUCUAAUAAGCCUGUAACAACAAAGAGUUCAAAAUGUAUUUACAUUGCAAUCAUGAGAAUUGUGAGUAACAAAGGUUGUUUAGGGUUAUGGAUAUGGUGGAUUUUCUUAUAUAUUUAUGCAGUUUUAUGGUACAUUUUUAAACUCAAACUUAUUCAGCAGUGUAACCCAAAGUGUUUUACAGAUGUGGUUAAGAUUGCAAGCAAACAAGCAACUAGAAAGCACCGAGCUGGAGUGGAUCCCAACGGGCGGCAAUAAAGUAGUAUCGGGUUCAGUUUCAGGCCGUAUUGUUGUGUAAAGCUACAUGCUUGAACUGGAGUCAGGUCUGGUCACUUUCAAAUGUAAUUUAUUACAAUAUUUCUGUCUUUCUCUGUCUGACUGUGCUAAUAAUCUGCUCC